GGGGUGCCAGGAAGCUCUAUUAUAAAAUAGCUUGUGGUUUGAAAAAAAAAAAAGAAAAAAGAAACAAAGAAACAAAAGAAGAUUGAAAAAACAAUUCUUUUUAGAAAAAAGGAUGAGUGCAAGGAGGCCAAAGAGAGAGCAGAAAAUUCAAGGGCCAAAAAAGGAAAAAAAUCUCAGGAAGAGGGGAAAGGAAAAAGAAAAGGGCAAAAAUGAAAAAAAAGAUGGAUAAGACUAUAGAGUUAGAUGUUUAUAUUAUUGUUAACAGGAGGAUGAGGAAAGAAUGUGAAGAUUUAGGUAUUUGGCCAGAGGAAACUGAAUUAUAGGACUUCCUGGCAUGGCGUAAGACAAGGGUGCAAGUGGAGUAAUGAAUCCCUUCCUGCUGUCAACAUAAUGGAAUAUCAUGUGAACAUGCAACUUUAGAUGCUGAAGCCUCACUAUUCUUGGAGGUGGAGUUGAAGUUCUUGGAGUGUCUUGUUGCUUUGCAUUAUAUGGUGGAUUAUGCUUGCACACCUGAAGAAGUGCAGCAGCAUUUCCAGUCUUGUGGAACAGUCAACAGGGUUACCAUUCUGACAGACAAGUUUGGUCAGCCAAAGGGGUUUGCUUAUGUUGAAUUUCUGGAAACUGAGGCAGUUCAAGAGGCUCUUCAGUUGAAUGAAUCUGAAUUACAUGGGCGUCAAAUCAAAGUAUCGCCUAAACGAACUAAUGUCCCUGGAAUGAAGCAGUUCCGUCCAAGGCGUUUCAAUCCAUACACGGGAUAUCGUUUUAGGGGGCCAUAUAUGCCACCAUAUUUGUCCUCCCCAUAUGGAUAUGGGAAGGUUCCCAGAUUCAGGAGGCCAAUGCGCUAUAGGCCUUAUUUCUGAAUAGUGGAUGGUCUUGUCAGGCUUGCGUGCUUAGGACCCAAAUAUGCAUAUCCUUGAAAUACUUAUGGUUUGACAUUUGCUUUUAGCCUAUAUUUGGUGGGUUGUCAGACUUAAGCAACUCGUGGUUAUCAAUUAGGGUGAACCAUAUGUUAUUGUGAUUUCGUAGGAUAGUGACUAUUAUAAUGUGACUGCCAGACUGUUGAAGGAUAACAUCUUGAUCUGUUAUGACAUUAUUUUUGCAUAGCAACUCUAUAAUGCUUUCAUAAGAGUCCAUAUGGUAA